AUGGAAGAUUACAGUGAUUUGGUGGAGUUUGCCUUUAGUAUUGCCAUGGGUUUGGCUAUGUUUCAAUGCGUUAUGAUCUAUUUGGUCAUCAUAAUCUACAACCGAAAGAGAAUUACGGAGAUUUUUGAAUAUUUCGAAGGUUUAGUGGCAUCUUCAGAUCCCAUUAUGUCUAAAAUCAGACAAAAACACUUCACGACAAAUACUAGGAUUGCCUACAUCUGUGCCAGUGGUUUCACGUCGCCUAUGUUUUUCCUCAUUCCUGGCAUUCCCAGAGACAGUAUCUUCUUCUACCCUGUUAACCUCAUUAACCAGACCUUCCUCUUCUUCAGUGCAUACGAACUAAUUAUGGUUUCUGACAUUAUAAUAAUGAUCACUAUUGUUUGCUGCAAAGCCGAAUUGGAUGCAAUAGCCGAACUCAUUGCUACGCUAAACCACGAAGAUUUAGCUGCAAAUGAAGGAAGAGUCAUUGUAAGGAAAGUCUAUGAGAUUCAUAUGGAUCUGGCAGUUCAAGCGGACAAACUAACCAUCGCUUUCUGGCAUAUCUACCUGCAGAAACUCCUUGUUAUCAUGCUCUACCUUUGCAGUAUGUUUUUGAUUUUUCAGGAGAAAGAUGGCUUCAGCUACGAAGCCAUUUGCAGCAUCUUCGUUAUCCUGUCGCAAACUUUUAUUCUCUGCUACUUUGGGCAGAUUAUCAUGAAUAGCUCUGAAGUCAUGUCGGAUUCAUUCUACAUGACUAAAUGGUACGAAUUGGAUAUUCGUGCACAGAAGAAUCUUCUCAUUCUCAUGAUGAGGUUUCAGCAUCCAGUUAAAGUGGAAACUUUUGGUUUUGGAACUAUAUCGCUCUAUACCUUUGUUCAGAUUUGUAAAAUUUCAUUUUCCUACGCCGCCAUUUUGUAUGCACUUUUCAACUAA